AUGCCACGGUUAACAUGGAGUGCUGUCACUCUGAUGUACUCUGUGUUCGUUUUUCACGACGCAUGUGCCUGGAACGUGUCACAAAAAUGCACGGGUGACACAACAGCAUUCCUUGCGGAAUUACAGAAAGAAACUCCACGAAAAUACGCUGUUUUGAUGUAUGAUGCGUUUGGUAAGAUAGGCAGUGAUGUUGAGGGAGGGAACGUGAACAGACCUGGAUCUCAGAGAGAGUGUCUGUCCGUGGAGGGCCCCGAGUUCAGGGGACAGUACUGCCAGGUGUUCCUCAAACAGGACAGGGUGGAGUACUUUGUAGGUGUUUGUGUUCCAGACUCAUGUACAGAAUCAGACGUCCAGACGCUAGUGGUUUAUGAGGCAUUUGAACAGAAACAUGUCUCUUUGCUUCCUUCUGUGCCUUCAAUCUUGAUUUCGGAUUCCACAUUGAACAUAUUUAUGACUCAAUGCCUCAGUGAUUCCCCCAAUACUGACCUGUCUGCUGUAGUCUGCCUGUUUGUUUGCUGUGCAUUAUUGGCACUCCCUCUCAUAGCUUCCAUCUACGUGGCGUUAAUAAAAAGGAAGAGAAAGAGAGAGGUGAGGCCAGCAGUGGGUUUUGCUCAAACCUCAAACACCAACCAAUAUGGCGCUGUCUUGACCAAUGGCUCGGCCAAUCAGAGUAAAGCAUGCAGCGAUGCCCCUGAUGCCUCACAAACGAGAAAUCAAAAUGCAGAAAAUGUCCAGCAGGUGGUGUUAUCAUGCCUUCAAGCGCUCUCUGUGCAGAACAAUAGUCAGGGGGUGCUCGCCAUGGAAAGCUCUGGAAGCAGUUAUUCCUCUCUGAAUGGCAUCCGUAUCCUCAGUCUACUCUGGAUCAUCUCAGGACACACCAUGCAGCUCAGUGCCUGGAGUAACCUGGAUAAUGAUAAGAGGUGGAAGGACAUGGUAGAGAAGAACCCUUUGUAUGUCUUGGCCUUCAGUGGGCCAGUGUAUCUUGCGGUUGACUCUUUUCUGCUGCUGGGUGGUUUGCUGAGUGCCAAAUCACUGCUAAACUCCAUCCAGAGGUCAGAUGACACGCUCAGCUUCAGUCUGGUGGCUCAUUUCCUCUUCAAGCGGUUCAGGCGGAUUCAACCUCUUCACCUCUUCAUCGUGUGCCUAAGCAUUGGACUCUUCUCCGUCGUUCAGAGAGGGGUCUUCUGGUUCAUAGCAGAGGAUGAGGUCUUCAGCUGUAAGAAAUACUGGUGGUCAAACCUGCUCCUCAUCAACAACCUCUUCACCAUCACGGAUAUUUGUGCCCCCUGGACGUGGUAUCUCUCCAUUGACUUCCAGUUCUAUGCAACGACACCUUUUCUGAUCUUCCUAUACAGAAUAAACAAAAGUGUGCUUGUUGUUGUGUCGUCGGUUCUCCUAAUGCUCUCCAGUGUAACAGGAGGCCUGAUCACCGGUUUCCUCCAACUCCCUGUGCACCAGCCAACCACACUGGCCUAUGAAAGCUAUUUUCAGUAUUACUACAACAAACCCUACACAAGAUAUGGACCAUAUUUGCUGGGCAUUCUUGCUGGAAUAUACAUGACAACCAAGAAAGAGACACUUAUAAAACAACAGUGGCAGGUAGUCAUAGGUUGGCUCUGCUCCCUGUCAAUCAUGGCCGUGUUGGUGGGAUUGGCCUAUGUGCUGAGAGACGUCCCGCCCUAUCCGUCCCUUCCCCAUGCUGUUUAUCAGGGGAUGCACCGAUCGCUCUGGGCCCUGGCUCUGGUCUGGAUCAUCCUGGCCUGUGAGGAAGGACACGGGGGUUUUGUGGAUAAAAUCUUGUCUUUAGGCCUGUGGGCUCCCCUGUCUAACAUCAGCUUUGCCUGUUAUCUGAUCCACCCCAUUAUUAUUAUACUGUACAAUGGCAAACAAGAGACAAGCAUGCACUACACAGACUUCAACUUUUUCUACCUGUUUCUGGGUCACCUGGUGUUGACAGUCUCUAUAGGUUACUUGUUAACUGUGCUCAUUGAAAAGCCGUAUUUCUUCCUGUCGAAACGAUAAGCCCUGCUUCAUUCCCUCAAAACUGGAAGGUGAAGUGAAGAUUUCCAUAUAUUCAAGAGAAAAGAGGAGAUUUAAUUACAGUAUAUUUAUUCAUUUAUCACCCUUGUACCUCAUUUCUUUCUGUGGAAGCUGUAGAUUACUGCUUAUGAACAGUAUUAGAGAGCUUUGGUGUUAUUAUUUGAAUGCAUAAAAUAAAUUAUAGCCUAUAUUGAUGUACAGAUUUAAUAGAAUGGUAAAGUUCAAUGUUAUUGUGUAUGUUG